UCCCAGGAAGGCACCCAGGCCGCAGGCUCGACGCCGCCGCUCCGCCGCCCCAGACACCGGCACCCGCGUGGCCCCCGAGGCGCCGCCCCGCCGCGAGUGCGCGUGUUCUCCAGUGAAGCAGUGCGUCGUCGUGGUGACCGCGGCGGUGACAGUGCCAGUGCCAGUGCUCCCCUAACCCCCACCCCCCCGUGCUCGGGGAUGCUCGUAUGACCGCCCCGCUGUGCUCCGCACCCCCCUGCAGCGCACCAUGUUGGUGACCAGCCCGUCGGCCACCACCAACUCAGUCACCGGGAAGUGCGUCACGGACUUCUCCGUCACCAGCAUCUGCUGCGGCCUGGCCAAGGCGCCCCGCUGCGCGGACGACGACGGCCCCGCGGGGACCCCGAGGCCCCACACCGGGGUGGCCGCCGUCACCAGCAGCAGCAACAACAACAAUAACAACAAUAACAUCAACAAUAACAAUAACAACCCGCUGAGCAAAAGCGCAAUGGAACUGCCGUCGUCAUCGCCCAGCAUUCUCCCCGGAUCGUCGCCGCCGGCUCACCAGGCACCAGGUUCCACGCCGACCGGGUCCGCGUCGAGCGCGUCGAGCGGCUCGGGGUCUGCUUCGGCGCCGUCCGGGGCGGCGCUGGGCCCGCUGGCCGCGGGGUCGCCACUCGGGGGCGCUGCGGCGCUGCGCGACCUAUGGGGCCAGGCGGCGGCGGCGGUAGGCUCAGCGGGAGCGCCCGGCGGCCCUGCAGCGCAGCACCUUCUCGGGCAGCAGAGACUGCUUGAGCUCAGCCGCUUCGGACUCAGCAGGCAGCUGGACCUGGCGCAGCACGUGCUCAGCCAGCAGGGCGCCGUCACCAAGCUCCUAGAAUACCGGAGUGGGUGUGAUGUUGCAGGCACGCUGCGGCCCCCGGGGCUCAUCGGCGGCAGCAAGCCCAAGGUGGCCACCCCGACCGUCGUCUCCAAGAUCGAGCAGUACAAGCGCGAGAACCCCACCAUCUUCGCCUGGGAGAUCCGGGAGAGGCUCAUUUCAGAAGGCGUCUGCACCAACGGCACGGCGCCUUCCGUCAGCUCUAUCAACAGGAUCCUCCGGAACAGGGCCGCCGAGCGGGCGGCGGCCGAGUUCGCCCGGGCAGCCGGCUACGGGCUGUACGCCCACGCGCAGCAAGUGCACGCCGGCGUGGCCGCAGGCGUCCACGCGCACCCCGCCUACGCCGCCUUCCACUGGCCCGCCUCCGCGGCGGCGGCGGCCGCCCACCUCUGGCCCUCGUCGGGAGCGGGGGGCGGUCCCCAGGGUGGCCCGGGGUCGCUGCCAGGCCCGGGAGGCCACGGCGCCCCGCAGACGCUGCCCUCGCCGGGGUCGACGCCGUCGAGGGCGACCCCACCCGGGAUGUCCAUGGGCCUCUCGCACCACCCGGGCCACCCGCACCCCUUGGACCCCAACUUCCUCCCUCAUAACGCCGACAUCCUCGGCAUGCCGCGACUCAUGGACCCGGACGACGCCAUGGGCUCGGACUCGUCGGAGGCGCCCAAGUUCCGGCGCAACCGCACCACGUUCAGCGCCGAGCAGCUGCAGGAGCUCGAGCGCGAGUUCGACAAGAGCCACUACCCCUGCGUGUCGACCAGAGAGCGUCUGGCGGGCAAAACCAGCUUGUCGGAGGCUCGCGUCCAGGUUUGGUUUUCUAACAGACGAGCGAAGUGGAGACGACACCAGCGAAUGAACCUGUUAAAGCGCGCCGCCAAGGAAGCCCAGCAAGCCGGGGGGGCGGUAGCCCCCUCAAGUCAGGGCCCCCCAGCCCCCCCGGCUGGCUUGGGCUCGGCCGCUUCCACCCUUGGCUCCUCGCCCCCGCGCCCGCCCUCUACCACGCCGGGCUACGCUCCGCGCACGCUGAUGGGCGGAAGAAAUAGCGCCUUCCGCAGCCUCGUGCAGCGCAGCCCCUCCUACGACUCGUCCGACUCGGAGGAGAUCAACGUGCACGAGUACGACGAGGACGUGUCCGACUACGAGAACAAGAUGCGCAGCCUGCGCCAGCAGAUGGAGGCCGAGGAGCGGGCGGCUGCAGCGGGAGGGAGACCCGGCCAGCGGAGGCCCUCCACCGACAUGUCCGACUCGGACUCGGACGUGGACGUCGACAGCAACCCGCUGUCUGUCGCCAACCUGCUCACGACGCGAAGGACCUCGUCGGACGGGCAGCCGCUUCAGCUCACCAAACAUGACAGGGACUAAGAGAGAGCUGUGAUUGUACCCACACCUUCCUGGGCCGUUGUAUGCCGACGGUCCGACUACUGCGUUACUACAGAGGUAUCACCGUUUUGGUGUGUUUCGAUAUAAUCUUGGUACGUGAUAGACAUAAUUAAAAACACUUCACGAAAUGAAAACGGCAGUACUGUGUUAUCUGCAGUAUAUAUAUCUUGCAAGUUAUAAGAUUGUUGGUUACCAUUCGUUAAUUAUUCGGCCUGCGAAAAUGUAUGCAGGUUUGCGCUAAAGCAUUAAAUGAAAAAACUAUGACAUCGAAAUAUUUAGCAGAUCAAAUCGCAUUGAACAAUAAACAGGCGGUUGUCCGCCUACGCCACUGUUUCUCAACGCACAAGGCUAAACGCAGGCUUUCCUUAUUAUGACUUAUGUUGUAGAAGCUUAGACGAUGAACAACUCUCAUACCAAACACAUUCUUGUCGAACAAAGUGAUGUUCAUGGUGAAAUAGUUUGCGGGCGUGAUCUGAACACAUUGUUGUGCGGCAAACUAUACCCGGCUGUGUAUACCGUAUAGAGCGAUUGUACAAAGCAAUAGUUUUAAUUAAGUCAUAAUAAUAUAUUACUUAUAUUGUAAAUGUGAAUGACAAAUUGUGUAAACGGGACAUUUUAAGUUAUGUGUAUGAUUUUUUUAAUUGUGAUAAGUUGUUAUUGGGGAUGAUAAUAAAGUGUGCAAUCUAUGAACUA